GUAUAAUUUAUGUGUUCAAAAAUAAAACACUCGGCAAAGACUCUUUGUCGAGUGCAAAAAAAACACUCGUCAAAGAGUUUUUCGUCGAAUGUUUUUUUACCGAGGGUUUUUUGCUUGGCAUUCGGCAAAAAGCUUCGUUGCCGAAUGCCCGAAAAAAACACUUGGCAAAUCAUUUGACACUCGACAAAAAGCCGAAUUCCGAUAGUGAUACCUUUGUUCCUUCAAUGCAAUGGGAUUUGCAUUAUGCUCCAAAAUGCAUUUUUCCUUAUAUUUCUUAAUUUGCCUUUACAAACAUCUGUGCUCAUGCUCAGAUGUGAAGUUGUUAGUCUAUAGUAAUGUGUUGAGCAUAUAAUCACCAAAACAACUAGAAAUAACCUAAGUACACAUUUCCCUUUCAGUACUAUAAACUACAAUCAAGUGUAGAGAGCUACACCUAGUGCUAAUUGCACGGUACCGAACGGAAUGGACUCUAGUAUCUAUCGAUGUAACCUAUCAUAUAUACAUGACAACGGGUAUGCGAGCGGCGUGUGCUAGCGAGGGAUGCAGGUAGGGGUGAUAAUGGAUCACGAUCUAAAUGUUUGUUCACAAUAAGUUAGGACCUUUGAUAAUUUUUGUUCAAAAUGGAUAGAAAUGAAGUUCGAUCCUAAUUUGCUUCGAUCCUUAAACUAUAUAGUGUGAAAUUUAGAACUCAUUGCCACCCUAGAUGCAGGUAGGAAACGCUUGGCAUGAGGAGUGAACGAGGAGAGAUGUCGUGCAGGAAAACGAUGAAACGGUGAUUGCAGUUCUUCCUGCAAAGGCCCCAAUAAGGCUAUGGUCAGCAGACUGCGCAUAUCACAGUGCAAAAUAUUGUUUCAUAUCUUUUACACUAUAAAUUAUGUUGUUAAUUUAUAUAGUGGAGUUUGAAAUAGGAGUUUUAAUAAGUAAGACUGCUCCAGAUAGCUUAAUGAGGGUUGGAUCAAGAACUCACUUAAAUCUGAGGGAUAUAAUAGGAACGCCGCUGGAGUUAUGUUUUUGGCAGCCUAACACUCGCAAGUACUAGACGAAGGGAAAAAAAUCAUACCUGCAGCAGGCCUGUGUUACCUCGUUGGUUUUAGUUGGGCCUAAUUCGUAAGAACAAAUAAGAGCCCACUGUGUCGCCUGCAUGCAGGAAGGAAGAAGGAUGAUCCUGUGGCCAGUGGCCACCCGAGCAGGAGCUGGCGAGCUGCUCACACUGUGCCAAGGGCUGAGAAAGCUGCGCCAAUCCUGGGGUUCUAGAUAUUGACUUGAAGCUUUCCUCUUAAAAGUUUUGUAGAAGAAGAAAACAAGGAAGAGAAAAUCAUAACAAAUCGACAGGGAAGGGCGAUAUAUGGAAUAAAAAUAGUAAAUGCUAUUAGUAUUUACAUUCAUGUAGACAAUACUUAUAGUAUAUAUACAGCUUAUGGCUAUACUUUAUAAUUUUCAAUGACCAGAUGCCAAAAACGCACAUAAGAUCUUAUUCUCUGUUUAGUUAUUUCCGUUUCAAAUAGUAAGGAAGUCAUUGAUGAUCCGCCAAAUGUUCUCUAUAAAAAGACUCAGAUACAAGUUCUUCGGAAGUAUUCUCUGUCUUUUGUCUUGAGAUUGAGAAGUACAGAAAGCAGCCCUUUGUUGUUCGUCAGGACAAAGAACAAUGCAGCACGUAAUCCUUUGCCUGCAAAUCUCUCUGCUACUCUCCAGCUUCUCCUAUUCGAUGCAAGCCCAGUACACCUCGAUCUUUAGCUUCGGCGACUCCUACACCGACACCGGCAACAAGAUCAUCCUCUACGGCCCGGCGGCGGCGGAUCUGUGGAUCAACAAGCCGCCGUUCGGGAUGACCUUCUUCGGCCAUCCGGCCGGGCGCCUCUCCGACGGCAGACUGGUCAUAGAUUUCAUCGCCCAGGCACUGGGGCUACCUCUCCUUCCGCCCUCGCUGGCGAAGGACCAGAGCUUCAAGCAAGGCGCGAACUUCGCCGUGGCUGGCGCCACGGCGCUGAAGACGAGCACUACGAGCCCAGCGCUCUACCCGCAGUUGGCCGUCGCCGGCGGUGCCGUGCCUCCUCCGAACAACAUCUCCCUCGCUGACGAGCUGGGCUGGUUCGAUGCCAUGAAACCCGCGCUCUGCGGCUCACCCCAAGCAUGCAAGGACUACUUCGCGAAGGCGCUGUUCGUCGUGGGCGAGCUGGGCUGGAACGACUACGGGGUCAUGGUGGUCGGCGGCAAAAGCGUCGCCGAAGCGCAAUCCUACGUGCCUCAGAUCAUCGCAACAAUCGUCGCUGCCACGGAGAAGCUCAUCAACGACGGCGCCACCGCGGUCGUGGUGUCGGGGAUCUCGCCGAUGGGCUGCGCGCCGGGGAACCUGGUGCUGCUGGCGAGCCAGGACCCCGCCGACUACGAGACCGACACGGGGUGCCUCAAGGGAAUGAACGAGCUAUCCAGGGACCACAACGCGCAGCUGAGUCAGGCGCUGACGACGCUGGGCGGCAGGUACCCCGGCGCGCUCGUCACCUACGCCGACCUGUACGGCCCCGUCAUCGCCUUCGCGGCCGCGCCGGCGCGCUUCGGCUUCGACUCCGUGCUGAGAGACUGUUGCGGCGGUGGCGGCGGCAAGUACAACUUCAACCUGAGCGCCGCGUGCGGGAUGCCCGGCGUGGCCGCCUGCCCGAACCCGUCGGCGUACGUCAACUGGGACGGCGUCCACCUCACCGAGGCGGCGUACCACCGCGUCGCCGAUGGCUGGCUCAGGGGACCCUACGCCAACCCGCCCAUUCUCGCCACAGCGUAGCGAACUAGGCGAUGCGGAUGCGUGUAUUAAUUCAAUUUCUUGCGGCCGGAAUCACGUAAAUAAUUUGCUGAGUUUUGUGUCUGAUCGUCUGAUUCACGAGGCACUGAUCGAUGAACGUUUUUUUGAAUUUAAAGUAAGGAGGAGGAGGGCCUCGACAUUUUCGGCAUGUAUUUUUUAGAU